AUCUCCUGCACAGAUUGUACACUCCCUAGUCCUCCCUGUCUGGGGCUGCCCACCCUGGACCAGGCCACAACCUUUCAAGGCACUGACACUCAGCUCAUUCCUCUGUUUUCACGCUCCCCUAGACCUCAAGAUGAUUGCUCUCCUACGCCCCUUCUCCCCUCUCCUUACCCCUAGUGAACUUGUAUCUUGUGACUCAUCCUCCAAGGUAACAAUGAAUCCAUGUGAAGAUAAUGGAACAAGAUGAGAGAAGAUUCCUUAGGGCCUGUGCUUGGAGACAUUGCGCACAUCUUUGCUACAACAAGAGAGGGACUUUAGUGGUGGGAACAUCAACAGGAAUGGAAGGGAAGGUGGCAGAUACAGGCUAAAUGGAAAGGAAGGUGGCAGAGAUCCUGAGAUAUUCUGCAGGUAUCAGGGCCUUAAGUAGCCUUAGAAAUCACACAGCAACCUCUCACUGCCUCUAGAGAGGCAGGUGGCAUGGCACAGUGCACGGACUGCAAAAUGGUGGCAUCCGUAUACCAUUCCCCUUUCCUACACUCAUGAUGAUGUUGCUGGGCCACAGCCUUCUGCACUGGGAAUGGAUUCAAGGGCCUUUCUUUUCUUUUUUUUUUUGCGGUACACGGGCCUCUCACUGCUGUGGCCUUUCCCAUUGCGGAGCACAGGCUCCGGACGCGCAGCCAUGGCUCACGGGCCCAGCCGCUCCGCGGCAUGUGGGAUCCUCCCGGACUGGGGCACGAACCCGCGUCCCCUGCAUUGUCAGGCGGACUCUCAACCUCUGCGCCACCAGGGAAGCCCCAAGGGCCUUUCUUAACACAGUGUUCCAGGCGGCACCUUCAAUUGACUGCAGUUGAUUACGGGGAUGAAACAAACCUAUUUGCCAUCCUCAGUGCUGUCAAAGGCUUUGAAGGCAGGUAGCUUAGAAAAUAACUGAGUCUCCAUUUCUCCCAAUGGAAAAAAGGAGAUUAAUUAAUCUUUGAUUUACAGAAUUGUUAUAAGAUUUAGAGACAACAUAUGUCAGAGCACAGCAGAUACCAUGGAGUCUGGUACAUAGGAGGUGCUCAGUGACUGUAAGUUGUCAUCCUUAUGAAGUUAAUGCUGACGGGGAGUAGUCAGGAUGCCACAGCUCUGCAUUAUAAGGAAGUUGGGGAUUGUGAAAGAAUGGUACUCUUGGCCUCCCUUUGUUGUCUUUCUUUAUCUUGUGACAUUGCAGACACAGGUAUGAAAGUUUCAGGUCUCAUCUAAAAGGGUUGAACAGUCUCAGGUCAGGAUGGCAGCCCACCGCUGGUUGGCUAGCUCUUGGCCCAGCAAGUUAAGACUCUCACACCAGGUAAGCAGUCUGUCCCUAUAGUACCCCAGGUCUGGUUAUGCUACUCACAGGCUGAAGGGCUGAAGAAAGUCCUUUAUUCCAAGCCUAGUUCAAUUUCUAUAAAAUAUAUAUAAUAAUCUGACCCUAGAGAUGGGUCUAUUGAUGGUAUAGUGAUAGAUUCUCUAAGGGUUAUUAUAUGUUUUGAAAGAAAAAUCAAACCCUUAAUGAGUAGCAUGUUUAUUUAAAGAACACCUUUCUUUGCAGAAAAUAGAAAUGUUUUAACUUCUUUAUUUUGUAUCAUUUAUUUAUUUAAUGUGCAUCUUAAAUGGCUUGGGCUAUGUCAUUAUUAGCUAUGAUAUGUAAACUCCUAAAGGCAAGAAUGAUGUUUGCUUCAUUUAUUUUUUAGAGCACCCCGAAUAAUGCCAUGAACAAUGAGGUUUUUUCAUCCAUUUACAUGCUACAGUUGCAGACUGGAAUAUAAACUGUAUCUCACACUCAUAAGGAAUACCAUUUCAUUCUUAGUUUAGACUUUUAAGAACCUGAAAUCAAAUGAAACAGUUCCAUUACAACAGCAUUGAAUAUCCUUACAUGCAGCACAAAUGGAUACUUAUUGGUUUAUUAAUUUUUAAAGUAUCAAUAUUCUUGACUUUCUAUUACAAAAGCCUGCCCCAAGUAGAAAAUGUGAAAAAUGCUGAAAGCUACUUAGAAAAAAAGUCAUUUUUAAGUACCAUGCUGGAAGAUAAUCGUGUUGAACAUCUUAAUAUUUUUUUCCUGUGUGAUUCAUUUUAAAGUGUUAUUGAUAUGAUCUAAUCCUUAACUCAUUUUAAGACAUUCAAAUGUUUCUUCUCACUGUGAUUUCCAUCCUUUCAGUUAGCGAUCCCAUGUUCUCUCCAGGAAGAAUUAUUGUUUUGUUAUCUUUCAAUCUAUUGAAAUGUGUUGUGAGUGAAAGGAAAAAGAGUUUGCCCUGAGCUGCUGGUGACUGCCUCCUGUUUCGAAGGAAAGUUGUGGUUACCGCGAAGGAAAAUCUAAUCCAUCUUGCCCCAGUGCACUUGGUCUCCCAGAGCCAGGUGAACUACCUUUGACUGUUUCCCUAGGAUUAUGUCACCCACCAAGGUAACUUUCUGUUUCAGUAGGCGAUGUUAAGAAACAGAACAACACCCUUUAAGUUAAUCACUUUUGGAAAAUAGAGAAUGGCUUUAUAUCCCAAGGCUUUGAUGUGUUUAGCGGUUCCUGUGAGGCUCUGCCUCCCUUUUGUUUUGAUUGACGAGACCUUUCCUAUAUAUUUGAGCAAUCAAGCAGCCCAGUAACAAAGGGUAGAGGCAUUUACCCGGAGCAGACUUGUACCGCUCAUCGUGACUUUCCAAAGCCUUGGGUGCAGGUUUCAGCUUUAAAGAAGAGGCAGCUCCAGUAAAAUCAGGUGAGUGCUUCUGCAUACUUGUAACUUCGUUCUACUUGAGGGUGAGUCCAGAUAGCCUUGCUAAGGUGACAGAUCAGAAGUAGGAACUGGGAGAUCAGUUUGGGAAUAAAUAACUUUGCAGCCAGUUUUAAGUCAUAAUGAACUGGGGGUGUUCUAUAAGUGUAGUGUCCACCCUCAUUUCAACAUCCAGGUAUGUUCCGUCUGGUGGGCCAAGCAUGAAAGGAGUGAUUCUGGCUCCUGAAAAAGCACAGGAAAUGACCAAGACCCAGAGAGGAUAGACAGUAGAUUGGUAGUUAACAGGGGUUAUGUUUUAAAUACCCGUGAUGCUUUCCAUCAUUUGGCUUUAAAUUCACUCACUACGAGGCGCCUAUUAGAGUGGAGGUUAGUCCAGAGGGAAUUUGUAGCAAGUAGGACACAUUCUUAUGAAUGGCCACCAAGUCAGGUGUGAGGAUUCACAUCUGCAUAUCCAAGUUUUGUGGUGGGUUGGGUUAGUAGCAAUACGUAUGGGGCAUACAAUUAUUGUUUAUUUAUCUCCGCCCUCCAUUCCCCAUCCAUGAUGUUGGAAAUAUAAUUGUGAGCAAAGCAUGUAACAUAAUUCCAAAUACCCUGAUCUGAAUAAGAAUUUGUGUCUAUCCCUGUAUUAUGUUAGGAUAUGCAUUACUUUUGGUGUUACUCAUAAUCUGUGCUCAUUUUGAAGAGACGAUUGGGACAAACUUCUUUCACCCACAAGUCAAGUCCAGCAGGUGGAAUGCUAUAAGGAAAAGCCUGAGGAUGCCCUUGGAGGGUUGGAUGUCUAGUGAGCUCAGUGGGUCCGUGGAAUCCAUAUUGGAGCCACUUGGAGGAAACGCUGGGCAUUUGUGUUGGAGUCUGUGGGCACUUACAAUUUCUUGGCUCAUUUCUCCUGAAAUGCUAAGAGCGAUGUCCCUUUGAUAGCGACCAGCACAUUGAUGGCAGUCCCAUGGAGGCAGCUGGAUCUGUUAAUAAACUCUCUUUCCUCUCCCUCUCGGGGAACAGUAUGAGGCUGGCAUACCUCUUCCUUGGCCCUGCGGCCCUCCUCCUCCUGGCUGGCUGCGGCUGUGUCCUCAGCACCUCCGGCGGGAACCUGCACACGUUUGUGGGCUGUGCGGUGAGAGAGUUUACUUUCCUGGCCAAGAAGCCCGGCUGCAAGGGCCUUCGGAUCACCACGGAUGCCUGCUGGGGCCGCUGUGAAACCUGGGAGAAGCCCAUUCUGGAACCCCCCUACAUUGAAGCCCAUCAUCGAGUCUGUACCUACAAUGAGACAAAACAGGUGACGGUCAAGCUGCCCAACUGUGCCCCGGGAGUCGACCCCUUCUACACCUACCCCGUGGCUGUCCGCUGUGACUGUGGGGCCUGCUCCACUGCCACCACGGAGUGUGAGACCAUCUGAAGCUGGCCGACCCUCAGAACACAGCUGGCGGCCUGCGGCCUCACGGACCCACCUGCACGGGCAGCACAAGCAGCUAUACCCCCUGCACUCAAGGACUGUUUAAUUUCGACCCUACUUGUGGAGGAGGUUACCUGUCUCCCUGACCCACCCUCAGGCGCAAGGCCGAGGCAGCAUACUUAUGCUAAAAAUGCAAAACAACAUUUGUGCCUUCGCUAAGAUAAUUUCUCUGGUCCACACACUGCAAAUUAAUUUUUCUUUACCUUGACUCUCAGAACAUAAUUCAUAUAUCACAACCCUCCUCCAAUUUGGAUUUUUAAUAAGCCAAUGUUUUAAAUGCAUUGGGCAUAAUUAGGAGACGGGCCUAGAAAGACUUUAAAUUCUCAUGU